AUGCGAGAGCAGCCUGUUUCAUCAGCUGACAAUUCAGAUGGUGGCGCUGGUGCGGAAGGAUUGGAGGAGGACGAGCUGAACGAGCUGGUAAUCCCAUCCGCUCUUCCAGAGCCCGGCUUGCGUAGAUCCGCACCGGCAGCAACGGUGCCGCCAGCGCCUCCGACGCUGCCUUCGUCAUCGGCCACACCCGGCUUGUCAGUGGUCACCCUGUCGCCGAAACCCACGACGUUUUCUGACCCGACAGACGUGACCCCCUCUGCCGCCGCAGGACCUCAGUUAGUGCCAGCUUCACGAGAAACAGGGGAGCAACACCCCAGUGCUGUUCCUAGCGACACCAAUCCCUCGAUAGCAGGAUCACGGCUUACACCACAAGCGGAGGAGGUCACGGUGGCACCUGAGGAGCUUGCAGCACCGCCACCUGUUAGCUCGUUGUCGGCGAAGUCGCCCUCGCUAGAGGGCGCCGACCUUCAUUCCGCCCUGCUUCAUGCAGAAGGUACCACUGCCCUGACUUCCAACCCGACUUCAGCGUCUUCGACUGGGAAGGCCAUUCCAUCUACGUCGUGUCCCCCGUCUCCUUCGUUGCCUGCUGCAACCGGACCUUCCCCAGGACCCCCUUCGGCGGUGCUGGGGGAGUCCAGCGACAUAGGGCAGCUGCUUCGAUUCCAGCAGCAGUUGGCAGAGGAGAUGGAGAAUGUGGCUAAGCUGCAGCGUCAAAACGCAUCCUUGAGGGACCGCGUCUCUGGGCUUGAAGAGCAGCUGGCAGGAGCCACAUCUUCCCUUGCGCGCACUGCAGACAGUGAGCAACAGAUAUCGCUGCUGAUCGAGAGGCUCGGAAAGGAGAGGGAGAGACACAAGGCAGUGGCAGAGGAGCGGAACCAGCUGAAAGAGCACCUCCAGGAUCUUGAAGAAGAGCUAGAAGAGUAUCGUGUUCGGGAAGAGGGCUGGAUAAGUGGGCAGAAGCGGGAACAAGAGAACGCGAUCGCUGCGCAGCAGUGCAUUGCCCAGCUCGAGAAUGACAUGCGGUCUUGCAACGCCGUCGUUGACAACCUCAGGACCCAACUUAAGGAAGCGAAGCACCUAAACGGUGUCCUACAAAACCAGGUGGAAGAGCUGAAGGUGAGCUACUCCGCCCAGCUGGAUACCGUAAAAGAGUCAAGCUCCGACACCGUUGAUCAGCUUCGCCAAGAGGUGGAGCAGCUGCGCAGCUCUUUACAGAACCUGUCGACAGAGUAUGACACACGAACAGCAGAGCUGGAGAGAGAGGUGCAGAGCGCAAACAUGCACGCCCAUCAAGCAGAGGCCCGUCUGAGUGAGAUGGCACUUGGGUCUGUCAACACGCUGCAGGAUCUCCGCAGUGAACUCGAGGAUUCUCAGCGCAGCAGCGCCACCUGGAAGGCGGAGGCGCAGAAAACGCGCCACGAGUACACGACGCUACUCGAACAGUAUGCAUCACUGAAGCGGUCUCGAGGGGCAGCAGAGGCCGAGUUGCGCGACCGGCUCAGCUACGAGUCUAACACAGUCUCUGCUCUGCGGAAAGGCAUCCGUGAGUGGGAAGAUCGAUAUCUGGCGCUGCAGGAAUCCGUGGGCGCGACGCAGACGGAGAUAGAGGAGCAGCGAAAGACAAUCAUGCAGCUGGAAUCCACGAUUCAAAAGAUGAAGGGGUCCGGCGCUGACAUGCUGGGCCAGUCUCAGAGCGAAGUCCUCGUGAGUACGAACGCGCUGCCUGUGAAGGCUUCGUUCUCGGAGCCUUCACUGUCAGGGUCACCUUUGAACGAGACACUUGGGGGGCGGCUAAUGUCAGCUCCCCCGCUGAACCCCUUCAUAAGCAUGAAGCGGCCAGCUUGGAGCGAUUCGAGGGACUGCAAAACACGCGAGCGACUCGAGCAGGAGGUGGUGCGGCAGUCUGCCGAGCUGGAGCGCGUCCGGGCCGCAGCCGCUGACGCCGAGGUCUGGAAAGCAAAGUACGAUCGCCUGCAAGAGGAGCACGACCUGCUGCUUCAACUGUAUGGGCAGCUCGAGGAAGAUGUCAGUGCGUUGAGGAAGAACGGCGCUGGGAUUUUGUCUGCUGCUGCCUCUUCUGCUUCCGGGUCUGUAUCCGCCGCUGCUGCGCCUUAG